AUGUCAAUAUCGAGGGGGGGGGUGAGGGGGGGGGGGGGGGGGGGGGGGGGGGGGGGGGGGGGUGGGGGGGAACAAAUUCAUGUCCUACUUGACAUAACAUCUUCCAUCUGCUGUAUAAAGCAAAAGAUGCUCUUAUACGUAGCUUCCUGCAAGAACAGGAACAAAAAUGAAAGGGGGGGGGGGGGGGGGGGGGGGGGGGGGGGGGGGGGGGGGGGGGGGGGGGGGGGGGGGGGGGGGGGGGAGGGGGGCAAAUUACUCCAGCCAAAUUCUUGUCUUCGCAAGAUGCCUUUGGCCAAGCAUGAAAUAGUUAAAUGGUAUCAUACUUACAUUAAGCAACGCAAAUGUGGUUUUGUAUGGUGGCCGCGUUUUCUUGACGUUGUAUCUGUCAUCCGUGUGGACUUUUGA